AUGGGACCGUUCCGAUGGUUUUCCGUCCUUGCUGCGGCGUCGGCUGCUCUGGCCAUAACCCCCGAGCAACUUAUAUCUGCUCCAAGCAGAAGCGAAGCUAUCCCCAAUCCAUCUGGCGAUGUCGCACUAUUUUCCACGUCACAGUAUUCCUUCGAAACUCACGAGUCCUCGUUCUGGUGGAGUCUGAUCGACCUGAAGACUGGGAAGAUCAACCGACUCACGAACGAUAGCGAUGUCUCCGAAAUUGUGUGGCUGGGAGACUUUAGUAUCUUAUAUAUCAACAGCACUAACGCAAACAUUCCUGGCGGUGUGGAACUAUGGGUUUCCGAUAUUUCUGACUUCAAGAAUGGAUACAAGGCAGCUUCAUUGCCGGCUUCUUUCUCGGGCCUGAAAGCCAUCACCACGGGAACCGGAGAUAUCCGAUUUAUUGCAUAUGCACAGUCGUAUGGCAAUGGUACAGCGUAUAAUGAGAAAUUGGCCAUUACUCCUCGGAGUUCUGCCCGGAUCUACGACAGUAUCUACGUGCGACAUUGGGAUUCAUACCUCACUACGAAGUUUAAUGCUGUCUUCUCCGGUACCUUGAAGGCUACAAACACGUCUAGCACUAAUGGAAAGCCUCGCUAUAUCUUGGGAGGCUCGUUGCGGAACUUGGUCUCACCUAUCAGGAAUGCUGAGUCCCCUUAUCCUCCGUUCGGAACGUCGUCGGACUAUGAUCUCUCCCCGGAUGGAAAGUGGGUAGCUUUCAAGAGCAAGGCCCCAGACCUUCCAAAGGCGAACUUAACAACCUCAUAUAUUUACCUUGUUCCUCAUGAUGGCUCCAAGAAACCGAUUGCCAUCAACGGUCCCCAAAGCGCAGCCAAACCCAAGGGGAUUGAUGGGGAUUCCAGCAACCCUGUGUUCUCCCCGGGAAGCGAUAAGCUGGCAUACUUCCAGAUGAAAGACAACGAUUACGAAUCAGACCGCCGCACGUUGUAUUUGUACAGCAUUGGCACCGACUCUACCAUUCCUAGUCUUGCGAGAGACUGGGAUCGGUCUCCGGACACCGCAAAAUGGACUGCAGAUGGAAAGACCUUGUUGGUUACCAGUGAAGACAAAGGCCGCUCCAGGCUUUUCUCCCUCCCAGAUACUGCAGGGGAUGACUUUAAGCCCAAGAACUUCACUGACGGCGGUGCUGUGACGUCUUACUACCAGCUUCCUGACUCUACUUGGCUGGUCACCGGCAGUGCUCUCUGGACUAGCUGGAACGUUUACAUCGCGAGCCCAGAGAAAGGCAUCAUCAAGACUUUGGCUUCUGCCAACGAGAUCGAUCCUGAGCUCAAGGGACUGGGUGCUGCUGACAUUGACGAGUUUUAUUACCAGGGGAACUGGACCGAUAUCCAAUCUUUCCUCGUAUAUCCAGAAAACUUUGACAAGAGCAAAACAUAUCCUCUCUUGUUCUACAUCCAUGGCGGUCCUCAGGGUUCCUGGGCUGACUCUUGGAGUACACGAUGGAAUGCAAAGGUGUUCGCAGACCAGGGAUACGUGGUCGUUGCACCUAACCCAACAGGUAGUACCGGUUUUGGCGAUGCUCUUACAGAUGCUAUUCAGAACAACUGGGGAGGUUCGCCCUACGACGACCUGGUCAAAGGCUGGGAAUACGUCAGCAACAACUUCGACUUUAUCGACACAGACCACGGCGUAGCAGCGGGAGCCAGUUACGGUGGAUUCAUGAUCAACUGGAUCCAGGGUAACGACCUGGGCCGCAAGUUUAAAGCCCUCGUCAGCCACGACGGCAGCUUCAUCGCAGAUGCAAAGAUCAACACAGAAGAGUUAUGGUUUGCCCAGCAUGAGAACAACGGCACCUACUGGAACAACCGCGACAACUACCGCCUCUGGGACCCCUCUGCCCCCGAACACAUCCUCCAAUGGGAUACUCCCAUGCUCGUCAUCCACAGUGACCACGAUUAUCGUCUCCCUGUAUCAGAGGGCGUGGCGCUUUUCAACGUUCUCCAGGAGCGCGGCAUUCCUAGUCGUCUUCUGAAUUUCCCGGACGAGAACCAUUGGGUCCAAGAUCCCGAGAACAGUCUCGUGUGGCACCAGCAGGUGCUGGGUUGGUUGAACCGGUACUCCGGCGUGGAGGCGGGGAAUGCGCAAGCAGUGAGCUUGGAUAAUACGACUGUUGAGGUUGUUAAUUAUAAUCCUUAA